AUGAGCUCCAGCUCAGCGGGCGUGACUGAUGUCCGCAAUGAUGGUGGAAGAGCCAUGAAAACAAAACAAGUUUUCGCGUACGGGAAACGGGGGCAUCGUAUCGUCAACGUGACAGAGGCCCGAAAAUCAGCACAGGGAUGUGAAGAUGGCGAUAUCGCGGUGGCCAGUACGAGUACUCGAGGUCAUGACUCUGACACCUCAGAUGUCUCUAUACGGUCAGACACCGACGACACAGACUUUAUGCCUUCUCCUGUCAGGCCUGCUAAACCGAAGAAAUUACACGAUAAUGUCUCCCGACAACCUGAGACGUCGGUACCCAAGCGACUUGCGUCUCGUGACGAGCGGUCUCGCAUACAACGCACAGAACCUCCUCUGAAGCAGACGCAGAAAGUAGCUGCAACGAAGAAAUCCAAGAAGUCUCCCCGAGCCGUAAAGCUUGGACGCGUAGAUGUUUCUAUGCCUGUGCGCCACCCUCUAAGCGUCGUCUCUAUCAAUACACCAGGAUCCCCAGCUGCACCUCCACCAGCACAGAAGAAGCGGAAACCGGCCAUAGGCAAGGGGACCCCGUUGAGGUCAUCAUCUCCUCUUGUUGAUGUUGAUAUUGUCAUCAUGGACGCCCAGGGACGUCGUGUGAGCCAGGAGCGACGAGUGUCGAAGGCAGGUGUUCAGAUGAAUAAGGUGGUUGUGUCCCCAGGCAAGCCACAUAAGGCCCUUGCAGGUUUGAAACCCUUGAAGCAGUCGCAGGGUGCCAGACUAAAACCUCGGAAGGAGUAUUCGUCGAGGGGCAAGAUGAAAGCAAGACCUAUCGUCAUCUCGUCCGACGAAUCUGAGUCCGAGGACGAACCUGCAGACCUCCCCGUCAAGUUACCUAGCCUGAACCUGUGCCUAUCUCCAGAAGCAGACGAACGCCCUAUCCCUCCUCCACGAUCCCGCAUUGCUACUUCCCGACCACGAACAAAUGUGAUUAUUUCUCCCGAGACUUCGCCAUCGACUACUCAAUCCACGCCUCCCCAUCCCGCCCAUUCGGGAUCCAAAGCAGUCGCGCUCUCCCCUCUGCCACCAGCUGCGCCUGCAUUUAUGCAAUGGACGCCACAUGCGAUUCCCGCGAAGGACCUAGCAGCCACGUUUUCCUCGCCCGUCGUUCAGCGCGGCAAAGCGCGGCAGCUCACACCAAUGCGUAUGCGCAUCGGCCGCACUGCCAUGUUCCCGCGGCCACCGUCGCCUCCUUCGCCUACAACACCCACAGAUAUCGACAUCGAUUUUUCCUUCGAUUUCUCCAAUCUCACAAUUUCUCCGGGGGCUUUCGGGUCACUUGCUCCAGUACCUCCAGCAUACCUCCAGCCCCUUCUCGAGGAAUGUUCACAAACCACGCCGCACGAGUUUUCUGCCUUCAUCGAGAUGUUCCCGUACGAUCCUAUCGUGCGCGAAGGCGCAUGGAUAAAAGGCCCGGCGCAGUUCCAGAAGAUCGGCGAGGCAUCAUAUUCAGAGGUAUUCGGCAUCGGAGACGUGGUCCUAAAAGUGAUACCUCUACGUGAUGAGGAGAAGCCACGCACAGCGAUUAACGGAGAGGAAGGAUUGGACAUGCCUGCUCCGAGCGACGCAAGGGAUGUCUUGAGGGAGAUCAUUGUGACGCACGCAAUGGGCGAGAUGUGCUCAGGCUUUGUACAGCUCCUCCGAACGUACAUUGUCCGCGGCAAAUAUCCCUCCUUGCUACUCGAUCUAUGGGACGAGUAUAACGAGAAGAAGGGUAGUGAAAGUGCCAGACCAGACUCGUUCACCGUUUCGCAGGUCUAUGCUAUCAUCGUGCUGCCAAACGGUGGCCCCGAUCUGGAAGCGUAUGCAUUCGAAAGCGCGACAAAGACAGGCUGGAGACAAGCUUGCAGCUUAUUCUGGCAGGUCACUCGUGCGCUGGCUGAGGCCGAGGAUAUCGUCUCGUUUGAGCACCGCGACCUCCACUGGGGCCAGAUUCUGGUGAAAAACCUGGCACCUCCACCUAAGCCGUCCCUCAAGGCGACGAUGAAGACGUCCAUGGACGACGUUGUGCACGGCGUGGAAGCGACCAUCAUCGAUCUGGGCCUUGCCCGCAUGGACACUACCGAUACAGACCAGAUCGAGACAUAUUGGACACAGUUUGACGAAGAAGUCUUCGAGGGUGAAGGGGACUACCAGUUUGAUGUGUACAGGAUGAUGCGGACGCAUAACAGAGACUCUUGGGAAGAGUAUCGUCCACUCAGCAAUGUCAUGUGGCUGCACUACUUGACAUUGAAGCUGCUCCAGGCCAAGAAGCUGAAGCCUCCAGCUGCACGCAAGACUGCAACCACGACCACCUCGUCGUUCAGCCAGAAGGAGUGCUAUGACUGUCUCGUAGAGAUGGAGGCGGUUCUCGGCCAAUGUGUGGCUGUAUGCAGAGCUCCCCAGGUCUCCCGCAACGGCAGGAGGAAGACCCAGGCACCUACGAAAACGUCAGUCAUUACAGGUCCCAAGAGCGCUGCGGAUGUCCUGCGUAUCGCAAUCCGCAGAGGCUGGGUUCAGUGAUGCUGCGCGCACUCAUGUUGAUGACUUUGUUCUGUCCAUCGAAUCUCAUGAUACCCUUUACAUAUUGUAUGUUUACAAUGACCGUGUGUUCCUCAUAUUUACCAGCCCUUGGUCCCUAUACCCCCUGUGAAUCAAUUCUAUACAAAGCGUCC